CCUUUUUAUGGACUUCAUGAAUUCUGUCUUUUCUACAGUUCUCUGCAGCAGAAAAAUUGUUACAUUUAAGACAGAGUCAUGAAACGCGUACGCACAGAACAGAUUCAGAUGGCAGUGUCCUGCUACCUCAAACGCCGUCAGUAUGUGGACUCAGAAGGACCCUUAAAACAAGGGCUGAAGCUGUGUCAGACUGCUGAAGAGAUGGCAGCUAAUCUCACAGUCCAAUCUGAAUCUGGUUGUGCCAACGUUGUGUCUGCAGCUCCCUGCCUGGCAGAGCCACAGCAAUAUGAAGUACAAUUUGGACGAUUACGCAAUUUUCUCACAGAUUCAGAUUCUCAGCACAGCCAUGAAGUGAUGCCUCUUCUGUAUCCUCUCUUUGUCUACCUCCAUCUGAAUAUGGUCCAGAAUGGCCUAAAAAGCACAGUGGACAGUUUCUACAGCCGCUUCCAUGGCAUGUUCUUGCAGAAUGCCAGCCAGAAGGAUAUAAUUGAGCAGUUGCAGACUACCAUGACUAUUCAAGAUAUCUUGUCCAACUUGAAGCUCCGAGCUUUUCUGGACAACAAGUAUGUCAUCCGCCUUCAAGAGGACAGCUACAACUACCUUCUUCGCUACCUCCAAAGUGACAACAACAAUGCCCUGUGCAAAGUCCUGACCUUGCACAUUCACCUGGAUGUGCAGCCCGCCAAGAGGACCGACUACCAGCUCUACGCCGGUGGGAGCUCCUCGCGCAGCGAAAGUAACGGCCUGGAAUCCAGCGACAUGCCAGCUUCUAUUCUGCAGAAUGAGGCGGCCAUGGAUUUACUGCAGGACAGCAUUAAACGUGUCAAGGACGGGCCCCCUUCCUUAACAACCAUCUGUUUCUAUGCCUUCUAUAACACAGAGCAGUUGCUGAACACUGCAGAGAUCUCACCGAAUAGCAAGCUGCUUGCUGCCGGGUUUGAUAAUUCAUGUGUUAAGCUGUGGAGCCUGCGUUCCAGGAAGUUAAAAUCUGAGCCCCAUCUUGUUGAUGUGUCCCGCAUCCGCCUGGCUUGUGACAUCUUGGAUGAUGAGGAGGAAGAGGAUGACUGCGUAGGCACAGAAAUGAAGAUCCUGAGAGGACACUGUGGACCUGUGUAUAGCACAAGGUUCCUUUCAGACAGUUCAGGACUCUUAUCUUGCUCUGAGGACAUGUCCAUUAGAUACUGGGACCUUGGAAGUUUUACAAACACCGUGUUGUACCAAGGACAUGCCUAUCCUGUCUGGGAUUUGGAUAUUAGUCCCUGCAGCCUGUACUUUGCCAGCGGUUCCCAUGAUCGCACAGCAAGACUCUGGUCAUUUGAUCGGACGUACCCACUGCGAAUAUAUGCAGGCCAUUUGGCGGACGUGGACUGUAUCAAGUUCCACCCCAAUUCCAACUACUUAGCAACGGGCUCCACAGACAAAACUGUGCGCUUAUGGAGCACUCAGCAGGGCAACUCGGUGCGUCUUUUCACAGGUCACCGUGGCCCUGUGCUAGCGCUUGCGUUUUCUCCCAAUGGUAAGUACCUGGCAUCAGCAGGUGAAGACCAGCGGCUAAAGCUGUGGGACUUGGCUUCAGGAACUCUUUACAAAGAACUGAGGGGGCACACGGACAAUAUAACCAGCCUUACUUUUAGCCCCGACAGUAGUUUGAUUGCUUCAGCGUCAAUGGAUAAUUCUGUCCGGGUCUGGGACAUUCGGAACAGUUACUGCAACGCCCCUGCAGAUGGGUCUUCCAGUGAACUGGUUGGUGUAUAUACCGGACAGAUGAAUAAUGUACUGAGUGUACAAUUUAUGGCCUGUAAUCUUCUUCUAGUGACUGGAAUUGCACAAGAAAAUCAGGAACAUUAAUUUUUUUUCUUUGGGAAGUGGGUGGGUUUAUUGAAUGCCAGAGUCCAUUACAAGCUGAAAUUAAAUUACUGACUGUGAAACAUUUUUCUUCCUCUGUCCCUGUGAAAGGCAUGUUCAGAGUGAUGCAAAUGCUUUAAAAUGUCUUACCCACAAAAUGGCCCAUGCUAUUGAAUGGAGUGAGAAGAAAGGAGGAAUGAAAAAUGUAUACAUUCUGAUCUUGUACUGGUAGGGAUGAAGAAAAAGGAGAGGAAAUUCUAAUGUCCAGUAGCUUGAGAAAACCAAAAGCCUGGUCCAGACAAGUGAAACUGCCAUCCAGAUAAGCUGCUGACCUGCACUUAAAUAUCUCACAUUGAUUGAUGGGCACAUCUUACCUACUGUUAGCUGAGGCUUGAGUGUGUGUAGAACUACUGGCCCAAUGUGUUUUUGUUUUGUUUUGUUUUUGCUUUCUUGGUAUUGCAGAGGACCAGUGUUUUAAGACCCUUACAUUAAAAGAAAACUGUAUUUUCUACAGCAAAUAGUGGUCUGAAGUAUUACAGCUCCCUAUAGUACUUCUGCAAUGUUUUGGACUAAUUAAGUAGAAAAUACAAUUUUUCUUUUUAGUAAAGGAAAUAAAAUGUGACCUCAGUUGGGGCCCAUCUCUGCAUUGUCAUUGAGGUUUGGUUCCUAGUACUAGCUGGGAUAUUUGUAUUUAUGGUCCAGAAAUUGGAGAACUUUCUGAAUCUGGUUGCACUGUGUUUUGAGGAUGGGAGGACAGUGGGGGUAGAGUGGUUGCCUGAAGGACAGUAAACAACUUGCCUUGGCUGAAGGAGGGCAUGAUAGAACUGAACAGGCUAAGUCUGGACUCCUAACAGAAACAGGGCCUGUCAAUCCACCACUGCACCUCACAGAAAUAUUUCCAUAAAUGGAAAUUGGCAGCUGGGGCAGAGAGGGAGACAGGGAGAGAGAGGCACAAAGUGACAUGGGACAGAAUAGUAUUACUAAAUUAUUGUGCAUACACACAGCUUUGCCAGUGUUGGAUUUUUCUCAAAAUGUUGCAAUAUAAGUUUCAUGAACACUUUGUGAAAUAAAUCAUCAGCAUUUAAAAGCAGGAUCUGAGGAGAAAGCACGUUCUGAUUUGUCACUUGGAGAGAUUAAAUAUUUCUGCUUUCUGGAAA